AUGGACUCCGGCGAUGACGCAGCGCAAGAUGAUCAGGAGCCAGGCGAGGACAGCGAGAUCGUACCUGAUCUUCUGGUUGAUGAUGGCGAAACUGUGGCACCGGAGCCUACAGAGAUGGAAAUCACCGACGAAAUUCUUCUCGCUGGACAGUUCUUGGAGCGUCUUGGAGGCCACCGAGCUGUUUUGGCUGAUAAUCGCGAGGAUAAGGCUCUAGGCGACAUAUCCUCAACUGGGUGGGAGGCUGCUAAGCAGCCAGACACACACGAAUACAUGCAGUUACCUUACGAGCCUGCCAGCAACCGAGGCAGUUAUCCAGGCUUACGUCAAGAGUAUUCGGGACCGAGCCCAGAUCACAUUGGCUUGUGCUCAAACCAAUACCACAAGGACAUGAUACCCCAGCGCUUGGAGGAGGCCUUUAAACGCUACAACAAGAAGAGAAAAUCGAACAAUGCUUUGCCCAAGAAAACCCGUCGUGACAUUCAACAUGAUUUGGAGAAUCAGAAGAUCAUCAUGCCGCACCAAGUCUGCCGAUUCUUUGGCCUGUUGAUCGCCCGGACAAUCAUGCCUAACUGA